GUGUAAAUAUAAAUAUAUGUAUUUAUAUAUUAAAUAGUUUUAUUAAAUUAAUUAAAGAAAAGAAAGAAAAGAAAGGACAAAAAGAAGAAAAGGAGAAGAAAAUUUCAUUUUCUCUUUUCUUCUUCUUCUUCUCUUCCCUUCACCGCCAAGAGUUUGAAGACAUCCAAGUUCCCUUUAUUUUUUUUUCUUUUUCCUUCUUCAAUUUGCAGAGAACUUCUAAGAGAGAGUUUGGAAGAAGAAGAGAAAUUUUACUAGAAUUUUUAGGUUGAAGAAGAGGAGGAGAACUCAAGCAAAGUGUAUCAAUGGCUGAAUUUUAGUUCAUUCUGCACAUCACUGGUUUUUAAUUCGGUUUGAAUUCUUCAAAAGGAAUUAAGAGAAAACAGGGCAGUUGGUUUUCACUCGAAAUCAGGAGGUCUCUGGUUUUUCUUGUAUUUCAGAGUGUAUCGGUGGAGUUAGAAUCUCUAUUUGGAACAAUUUAAAGAGGUCGUGUGCGCGCGAUUCUGGAAGUGGUUCUGUUCUGAGGGUUAUAUGUGUUUAUGCACUGGGAAUCAGAUUUAUAUGUCUUCAGUUCACCGCCUCCCAUUGACGAGCCCACAACACCCAAACAAUUUUCGCGGGAACUCCCGGGUUAUUUUGGCGGGAGUCCACGUGUCAAGCUAACAGAGCAGCGCCAUCUCCUCAUUCCCGCCAAAAUCCAUUCCAUAUAUAUACCCUAAGAAUCUCCAAUUUCCCCUUUCUUUUCUUUCUUUUAAUCCAUAACAAUGGCGGACGCUUCAAAGAAAAUUUCUUCUUCAUCCUCAUCAACUUUACCCUUCAAAUUGAAGAAACCUUUGUGUUCUAACUUCAAAUCUUUACUUGAGGAUUCACAAUCCUUGAGCUCCAAGACGCCGGAGAAGCCGGCGGAGCUCUCUACCAGAUCUAGGAACCGUAAGGUUGCGCUUUCGAUCAAGGAGGUUAAACAAGCUGCUAAGAGUGUCCGUGAAUCGAAUCGUCAGUUGCCUCUUGAUCUGGCUACCGAAGAGAGAAAAUCGGUCAGAAGACAGAUAGAUUCUUGGUCGAAUGAAAGUCAGUCGGUUGAAAAUAAGUCUAGGAAAUUGCCUGAGAAAUUUGAGAUGCUUUGUAAGUUCUUUUAUAGUUUGGAUUCUGCAAUGCGGUUGUUGCGAUGUAAAGGUGUCGCAUCCAACUUCUCUAAUGUUUGCCCUAAGGUCGAAGCCCUCACUGAUAGGAGGUUUUCAUAUGGUCAUUUGGCUCAGUUCAAGUUUAUUUUACCCGAAGCAAUUGUUCUCAAGAAGGUUGUGGUCUACGAUGAGCAGACCUGCUGUAUGAAGCCAGAUCUUCACAUAUCUUUCAAUUUUGCUGUUCUAGAGAAUAAGGAGGACCAAUAUAUGCAACUGAGGAAGUUGUUUCGGGCACGGCUUUCAGAAUUUGUUAGUUCCUAUCCAGAGACUCAUGAUGUUCCAAAGGAUUUGCUGCCGAAUCCAUUCAAUUUCCGAAGCCAAGAUCUUGUUGCAAAAUCCAACUCGCUAUCCUCUAUCAAGACAUCGAUCGAGCAAUUGGCCCCUGAGCAACCAAUGCCAUCAAUAGAAGGGAUUUGUUUUAACCAUCAUUCAGAAGAAAAUCAAGGUUUCCGGAUAGUUAAAUCUACCAUGUCUAUAUCUGGCUCGAGUAAGCAGAAGGAAUUUUCAGGGUUAUCUCAUUUUUCACCAUCUUUUAGCCGGCGUUUCUCUCAAAAAGUUGUUGACAGAGAAAUAGCAAUCAAUGAUCAAGUUACAACACCUUCUAACCAAGUUUCAUCUUGUACUGACGUUGAGACAAAUAUCGACACAGAAUCUUCUGUUGUAGCAUCUUCAACUGAGCCUUUCUCCCCCAUAAAAGUACCUUCCAACUCAACUUGCAAUGUACAUUGUCACGAAAACUAUGCUUCUCCACUUCGUUCUUUGGCAUUGGCCCUUCCCACAACUCCCAGUAAUACAACAGGCAGAGUAACCAUGAUGAUAGAAUGUGACCAAUCUGCAAAAGCUAAUGAUAUUGAUUCAACUCCAAGAAAGCUUGUUUCAACCCCAACUCGACUGAUGACUAACACACCUGCAAUGCCUCCACCAAAACGAAGUUCCAUGACUCCCGAUGACGAUCCUUCUUUCUCAACAAACAAGCUGGUCAGACGUCCUCCCCGUUCGAGAUCACUUGUAUUUGACACUCCUACAAAGGAAUAUAAAAACAAUGAUGAGAGAGAUGUUUCACUUGAAAAUGACAUUGGAGAUGUUUUAUCUCCAAGCCUCGUACAAUCUAUUAGAGAGAAAGAACGAAAGGUCAAAGAAGAGCAAAUGCCGGCAAUAACACAAGCUAAGAGACGACAGGAAAUGAUUGCUAACCUGCCAAAACUCUUCAAUGCUAUCUUUUUCUUGUACCACAAGCGUACAGUUAUUAGAAGGCAGGAGCUAUUUCACAAAAUAAUCGCCAGUAGUGACAAAAGAGAAAUUGAAGAGCAGCUAGAUUUGUUGUUUGAACUUGCACCCGAAUGGAUUUCUCAAAAAUCGACAUCCAGCGGUGAUGUGCUAGUUUGCAUCAAUGAAUUGUCGAAUGUGGAAUCAAUACGUGAUCGGCUUGAGGAAGCUAAGUGAAGAAAGGAGUUGAGAAGUUGGUCUACUUUUUUUUGUCCCUCUCAGCAUCUAACCUUGCAUACACAAUUGAAAUUUCCACUCUCUUCAUCAAGCACCAGCCAUUUUUAUUAUAAUGGCAGUAGCUUGCUUUCCUCUGGUAAGAUGUACAGUUUAAGGGAUAGAGCAAAUUCUUCAAACCUUGUAUUGCUUUGUAUCUGCUCUAAGAUAUGGUUCUCAUUCUCACUGAACACUAGAAAUGUUUCUAUAGGUUUUGGUGGGUAAGGAGUAUGGAAAAGGUUAUAAGAUAGAACAUUAGUCUCUUUUCAUUGACUUAAUAAAAAGUUUCGCAUCAUUUUCAAAGUUCAAA